AUGUUCGGUCGCAGCACCUUCGUCCCCGCCCUGGCGCUGUGCGUCGCCGCGCCUCUCGGCGUCCUGUCGGCCACCCUGACCUUUGACUGCGCCAAGGUGCCAAACAUCUGCAGCAACGACUGCUACGCGAUCCAGUGCCUGGGCAAGCCGAGCACGCUGCACCGCGACUCGGCCAACGCGUCGACGCGUCGACAGCAGACGGCCUGCCAGUCGCCGAACCGAUGCUCGGGCAACCCGACCGACUCGAACAGCUGCGACGAGUACCCCUACGCCUCCUCGAUCGAGGGCGGAGCGGGCUCGGCCACGCGCUGCGUGCCCAGCGCCGAAAACAGCUCGCAGGGCGGCUCGCUCAGCUCCUUCUACCGCUCCGCCGGCGUGGCCGACGGCGACGCCUACAACGUCGCCUUCAAGGGCAGCUCCGGACUGCAGUACUGCAGCGGUAGCUGCACCAACUCGGGCAACGAGCUCGUCAAGAGGUAUCCCGUCGCCACCCAGUACAACCGGCGCGAGUUUGAGACCGAGGACGGCGAGACCAUCCUCAUGUUUGAGCCCGUCGGCCAGCGCGGCCUCCUCGACAGCGUCGUCGGCACCGACGCCUUCCUCGGCGACGAGGAGCGUUCGGUAAAGAUCGUCAAGGCCCUCUAG